AUGAGUGUGGAUACUGACAACAGAAAGAGGCUGCUUGACUCUGAGCCAAUAGACUCACUGAAAAGACUGAAGAAGGCUCUUGAUGAGUUGAGUACUGAGGGUCCGUUGACCCAAGCAGACGUUGUAUAUUUCAAAAAAGAGGCUAUUUGGCGACAAAUGAUUUCUUAUAAGCAACAGGUUCUCAAGCUCAAAGGUGAAGUCAAAAGAUUAUCACGAGAUUGUGAGAGUCUGAAGCAUAUAGUAACUGUAUUGACAGCAUGGUACGAUGAAAUUUUACUGCUAUUCGAUGAAUUAGGUGACGACGAUGGGAUUUUGGUUGCCUUUGACGACUCUGAAAAUUCCAACAUUAAAGUUGAUGAGAAGUUGCAAAAUAUCAGGACAAAAUUGUCUAGAGCAAUCUCGCUGAAAAACAUUGGCUCUUUAGACCUGGCAAAAUUGCAGGAGCUUAGCUUGCUCAAAAGCCAGAAUCAGAUUCUAGCGAAGGAUAAUGUUGCACUCUCCGAUAAGAUUAUAAAUCUAGAGUCUGAGUUGCAGGAACUACUUCACGACCAAGAACGAGAUCGAUCAGUUACGUUGAAGAGAGUUGAUGAUAGCAGAAAGGAGGUUAAUAGUUUGGAGCAACAAGAAAAAGGCAAAGUAAAAGUCGAGUCCCAGACGCCACAACCAUCUGCAAAUGAAAUCAACGGCCAUGCCAAUGUCAAUUCCAAUGGAAAUGGCAAUGGCAAUGGCAAUGGCAGUGGUGUUAAUAAUGGUAAAGACAGUAAUCUUGUUGACUCUGAAGAAUUGGAUAAACUUCGCUUAGAGAUUGAAGAACUUAAAUCGUCAAAUGAUUUAUUGGGCGAACAGGUUUCUGAGUUGACCAACACCAACCAAACGUUACUACAAAAUGUCAACAGUUUAGAGAGUAAGUUGCAUAACUUGGAUGAAAAGGAUAUUCAAGAGAAUCUCAUCUAUAAGAAAAUUGUUAAGAACAAUCAAUCGUUGCAGGACCAAAUCAGCAAAGUCAAUAAACUUAAUGCCUUGAAUGUCUCAAAACUAAGCGAGCUUGAGGAGAAACAAAAUGAAGUUAAGAAGCUUGUUGAAUCUGAAUUGAUAAAGGAAAAUGAAGCUUUAAAACAGCAAAUGAGCAAGAAUGAGCAAGAUCUUAUAAGAGUGCGUACAACACGAGAUGAGCUAUUGGCCAAGAACACGAUCUUGACAAAGCAAGUUGAAGAGCAAAAGACAACGCAAGCACUUCUUGAAUUGAAUGAAACAUAUUCAAAGAGGAUUGAAGAACUCACCAAGGAUAAAUUUAACUUGGAUGCUCUGGAAAGUGAAAAGAUUGAUUUGCUAACCAAUGAAAUCAAGGAGAUUGAAAGUGCUUUUAAGCAAACAAGGGAGUUGACUAUAAAGAAAUUGUCUUCACAGGUGGAUCAUGAGAGUCAAGUCAAGAAACUUGUGAUUGAAAAAAACAAGGCUGAUCAAAAAUACUUUGCUUCGAUGAGACUAAAAGACUCACUUACAAAUGAGAAUAAGGUGUUGAAGCAACAAGUGGGCAAAUCGCAGGAAAUGAUCAAGAGUCUUUCUGAGUUGGAGACAAACUAUUUGGGCAAAAUCGAUGUAUUGACAAAAUCAUUAACGGACUAUAAGAUCAUCAAGGAGAAUGCGCUUCAGGAAAACUUUAGCUUACAGGAUACUGUCAAGAACUUGAAAAUUACCAAUGAGACGCUUGAAGCAGAUGUUGCAAGGAAAGAUGACAAGAUCAAGGCCAUUACAUCGGAAGUUGUUGAGUUGAAGGACCAAAAUAACAAGCAAGAUUUGCAAAUCAUCAAAUUGAGUAAGUCCUUGGCAAACACCGAGUCUUUAUUGGUGAAGUACAAGACAAAUAAUACCAAUUCCAUUAUCCAAGCAGACGAGGAGCAAUUGGAGGCGCUUAGGUCGAUUGCCAAGUGUUCACUUUGUACGAAGAAUUGGAAGGAUACUGCCAUCACCGUUUGUGGACACGUUUUUUGUUCAAGCUGUACUCAAGAGAGAUUGGCUGCUAGAUUAAGAAGGUGUCCUAGUUGCAACAAAGGGUUUUCAUCCAACGAUUUACUCACUAUACACUUGUAA